AUGCGAAGAAAGAUGGUGGUAAAGGGGGAAAGAAAAAAGAUGGAGAAAAAGCCAAAGGUGAAGGUAAAGAAGGAAAGGGAGAAGGUAAAGGAGAUGGAAAAGGUGGUAAAGGGGAUGGAAAAGGUGUUAAAGGGGAUGGCAAAGGAGGAAAAGGAGACGGAAAAAAUGGAAAAACCAAAGGAGAGGACAAAGGCGGUAAAGAUAAUGCAAAAAAGAGAGAAGGAGAAAAGGGAGCUUCUGAUAAACAGGGAGCAGGAAAGAAAAGUGGGAAAGAUACCGGAGCUCAAAAAUCAACAGGAGGGGCAAAAUCUGAUGGAAAAGGGGCAGGUGCCCCAAAAGCUCCAGCAAAGAAACCCCCUGCAAAAAAAUGA